UGUUCUCUUUCCCCUCCAAAUGCAAGAAGACUGGCGUCACUGCUUUACGCAGAGACAUGGGAAUGGCGACGACCAUGUUAUGGAACCUCCAAAAGCUUUGGCCAUUCUCAUUAUUCCGAAACGACGACGUUGCAGACUCCAAGCGAAUCGUAAGCAAGCUUCCAAUCCCCGAACACACUAAACAGUUCGUCUUCGCCUUCCACGACCCGCAAACCCAAUCCUCCAUUUACGUACUCUCCGCUCUCGGCCUCUCCGAGCGAUCAGCCUCCGACGCACGCUCCCUCAUCACUGCCAUCAAACCCGACGCCGUUUUGGUCCAUGCCGAUCCUUCCUUCCUCGACGAAGAAGAAGCUGUGUCCGUUAACAAUCCGCUUCCCACUUCAUCCUUUGGAGUAAUCAAACGCUGUUUCGUCGAUAGAAUCGAUCAGGAAAGGUACGAGAAUCUCGCCGGGAGUUUCGUUCUGAGGGAGAUUUUCGGGACCGGGUUUCAUGGCCAUGUGCUUGCUGCGAAGCUGGCUGCAGAGGAGGUAGGCUCCUCGUUUUUCGUUAUUAGUUCUCCAUUUGUGAAUUCUUGCUUGAUUAAUAAUAGCAGCAAUGGUAGUAAUAAUUCUGAUAGGGUUAGGGUUGGUGGUGGAAGCAUUCUUCAAGUUCAAGGUUUUGUAAAUGGUGCUAUUACUGGUUUUAGUUUGAGUCCAACUAGAAGUUAUAAGAGAUUGUGUCUUAAUAACGAUGUGCAUUCCCAGUUAGUGAAGGCUUUGUCUCUGUGCUUGGAACCAUUUUCUACUAGUUCUGGUUCUAGCUCUAUGGAAAAUGAAAUUAAGCCCAUGAGUAGUUAUGAGAUUCCUGCAUUUGCCAGGUCUACAUAUCCUUUACUUGAGGAAUUGCAUGAUAUAUUCAGUGAUGUUCCAUCGAUUGGGAAGGCGCUGGCGCAUGUUCAAAAGAUGCUGGUGGAUGUGAGCAGAGGUGAGGUUCUUGACACAAGGACUGUUUCUGAGGUCUAUGCAUUCAGAAUUGCGGUUGAGGUGCUUAGGAUUGGUCUGAGCAAGAAUGGUUUAAGGCCAAUCAAGAGGAAAGGUGCUCCCAAAAAGGGUGAGGAGGUCAAGUUCUCGGAGCUUCCUCUUGAGGACAUGUCGCACGCACUGCUGGCGCAGGUGAUUCGUUGGCAGAGUGAUAAGUACAAGAACAUUGUAGCAGUGGUAGAUGCUGGAGCAUUGGAAGGUCUUAGGAAACACUGGGAUACUCCGGUUCUUCCUCAAGUUAAAGACAUUGUUGGACAAAUCACACAUUGUGGAAGGGAAGGGGCUUUUUUGAUUCAUGAUGACAGGAAGUGGUUACUGGCAGAUAGGCCCAUGGUGGCGGUUAGUGCUGGAGCUUCGGCGAUUUUGGGAGCUUCAUUGCUGUCUAAAGCUGUCCCGGCAUCUUCUGUGUUGAAGGCUGUUACUUACAAGGUCCCGGCUUCACUCAAACUCAUUCUCAAUCAAACACAGAGAGUACUGGCUUUUGCCUUUGGUUCCUCCAAAGCUGCAGCAGGGGUCAAAGCUUCAAGUACCAUUCGGGCUGCAGCAUCUGCUACAAAGAUUCGUGCCGUGACUCACAGCAUUAUAGUAUAUGUGGAGAGGACCAGCAUCUCGGCUAUGAGGACAGCGUUCUACGAAAUAAUGAGAAAGAGAAAAAUGCAGCGAGUUGGGUUCUUGCCUUUGGCAACAUUUGCAUGUAGCAUGGGAACCUGCACGGGAUUGAUGAUGUAUGGUGAUGGGAUUGAGUGUGCUGUUGAAUCUGUGCCUGCAGCCCCUUCCAUUGCCAGUUUGGGUCGUGGGAUUCAGCAUCUGCGUGAGGCAUCUCAAGCAGUGAUGCAAGCAGAAGGAACUAGAAUCCAAAAGUCAAUAGAGUCUCUAAUAAACAGAAUAAAGAGAUAGAAGGAUGGGUAAAGCAAGAGUAUAAUAGUUGUAUAGAUAUUCAUUGUGAUAUAAAGAAUUAAACCUGAUUCAUAGGGGGUUCAGUAUAAACCUGAUUGUACAUAUAUGAUGCUGUUAAUGUGAAGAUGGCAACAAUAAUGCCCACCAUUGAGGUAUUGUGGA